GCCAAUCAGUGUUCUAUACUGCUGCAUAUAUUACGAUUUUAUCCAAUAAUAAAUCGUUUCACAUGAGUCAUAGUCGCGGCCACGCCCAAUGUACUUAAACGUGUGCGCAUGUCCAAGAUGUCAGCCCACAUGGUGCAGUGUGACUGACAUCAAAUCAGUUAAAGAUGGCUUUCUUUGACAAUCCAGCCUUCAUUAUCUCUCAUAUCCAAAACUCAUUUGUCUCAGGAGAUGACACUGGGUUAUGUGAACUCGUUAUUGUACAGGAUGAAACUAGCCGUCGCCCUGUCGGUAUAAAUAAGUCUGCAUGGCCGUGGCUUGCUGCUAAUGCAGAAGAGGAUGAUGAAACGGAAUUGGCGCAUUCCUAUGACAUCACAGCAGACAGCCUUGGUACAAGAACACGGCCACGGUCUGACACGGCAUUUAAGUUGGAUAUGCUGAAGAAAGAUAAGCUUAUCAAGGGCAAGGUGAAGACAAUACAGUGGAAGGAAAAUGUUGAGAUGCCUAGUGAAGAGGAUUUGGAUGCACUAUUUAAGAAGAAGAUAGUCACCAAAAGAAAAAAAGAUGCAAACACAUCUCUAUUAACUGAACAGUUGGACAAAUUUCCCUCAAUGCAGUCCAAUCCUUUUAGUGAAUAUGCCAAGUUUAACGGUCAGACUCAAGUAGGUAUUCCAACAAAGAAAAUCAACAUCUUCCUCACCAUGCUUCCUGAGGGAGAGCGAGAAUUUCCGCUUAGCGUUUGCGUCACCUCCAAUGCAAAAGUGUCCGAUUUGAUAGGCCUUACCUUGUGGCUUUACUCCUGUGACAACAACGCAGCUUUUCUCAGCAAAAGUCUAGAGUGUUAUACACUAAACAUAGCUGAGGAUGAUGGUGAGCCAGACCGAGAUUUCCCUCCUCUAGACAACAGGGAGACCAUCUCAAAGUUUGGUUUCGGCACCUUAGCUCUGGUGGAAAAGGUCUGCCCAGUGGAGACUAGCAAGUCUUUACUUGUAGUCAAAGUGGCUGUUGGAGAAGGUUUCUCGAUGUUCCAGGUGGAAACAUUAGACAUCAAAAUGAGCCAAAUUCUUGAGUUGGUGUUGAAAAGAAGAAGAGGAAUGAUGAAUGUAGAUGGUCCUUGUUAUAUUCUGGAAAAACUAAGUGAGCCGGGAGUUACACUGGAUAUGGACAGUACACUGGAAUCACAAGGGACAUUUGAAUUUUGUCUGCAUAGAGAACAUAGUAGACGAAAGGCCAGCAUAGAUGCAGAAGCCAUUGCUAUCAAAGAGAAGUCACCAGAAAUCGGCAAUAUGGAAGGGCCAUUUGCAAUGCUAGCAUACGAGUCAUUCUCUGCAAACAUACUUCACAAGCUAUGGAGUACCGAAAUACAUUUAGGAAUAUCAUCCCACCAAAUUGAAAUAGAUCCUGUUCAGCAGAAAGGGACGGUAAAUAAACUUCUAGCAAAGCAGAAAGCUGUCACAUACCCAAUGAUAAUUAUUGCCUCCUGUGAUACGAUUGACGACAAGACAAAUGCAGGUAGGGCCAUGUUUCGGCUGACCUACAAAUCCGCGCAGAACGAAUUCAAGUUUGUGGACUUUGAGAGCGAUCGCCUGACGUCGCGGAAGAUCGUCCAGAAGGUUCAGCAGAUCUUGGACAUGAGAGGCAGCGCUGUGCGGACAGAGUUUCAGUCUAACAAGGAGAAAACAAAGAGCAAACGCAGCAGCAUGAUGUUCUCGUGAAGCUGUGUCCUUCAAUUUGCUCAAUAUCGUCCACCGGUAUCGUCACGGUGUAGUGCAUCGUCGUUCUACAUAUAGUCGCACCGAGGUGCUGGUUAUGUGAUCAGAUUUGAACAGUUUCGUCUACAUUAAUCGCUUUUUUGUGCUUGAAAAUAAUCUCAAGUGAAUGGUUUCAAACAGGCUUCAGCUACACGAGAAUGCUUUAUUUUACAUCCCCAGGCAGUAUGGUAUGUAUGCGUUAAUAAACAAUUAAUAAAUAAAGUGUGGGAGGGUUACCCUUUAUAGAAGUGAUAUUUCAGAUCAAAACAUACAAAAGGUAUUGUAAAUUUUAUGCUUGCUCUGCUAAUUAAAGGAAACCUUGAAAACCUAAAACAUCUAACCCUAUACCGUAAUACGUACCAUUAAUUUAUACUUCUGUACAAUUUAAAAAUUUAUAUAUAAAUGCAAUAAUAUGAAAAUACAUUUAUAAGGUAGAAAGCCGAUGUGAUGAUGUGAGUAGGCAAUCUUUGUAGUUCAAAUCUUGUAAACUAUCAGUAAAUUUUUUGGCCCAGCUAAGAAUAUUGCAUAGUUAGCCAUUUAAGAAACUAUAACUUUAUUAGCAUUUGUAAAUUGAGUAAAGAGGUUAAAACAUUGAGCAAAUAAUCAACGUGGCUGAUACACUGUGUGGUAUAGCAGAUGUGACAUGAGUUAUUUUGCAUGGUAUGCAUAGGGAUUACAAAUGUAUUCUUCAAGAAUACUACAUUUUUCACCGAGAUUUUGAUAUGCUUUGCUGGAAUUAAACAUGUAAAUAAAAUGUACAUAUACUAUAUACAAA